AGCUCAAUUCUUCUUAGUUAAUUAUGUUCUAAAUCAAAUACUCCCUUCUUAGGUCAAACCCCUUAUUUGCUCCUCUUUUUUUCUAACUUGUAAUAUUAAUUUUAAUGAAAUUGAAUGUUUACUAAGCCCUCUAGGGACAAUGCUAUUUCCUUUAUUUAAAGCCCAGCCAUUAUACACCUAUGCCCAUCUCUCUCUCUCUCUCAGACACACACACAAAAACAAAAGCUCAAGAAUUAAUAUAAUGGCAGAUAUAUUAAAAGCAGAUCAACUUAUUGAAUGUGAAGAAGCACUAUUUGACAAAGAUGGAGAUGGCUGCAUUACAAUUGAAGAAUUGGCGACUGUGAUUAGAUCAUUGGAUCAAAAUCCAACAGAGGAAGAGCUGUAUCGUAUGAUUAGUGAAGUUGAUGCUGAUGAGAAUGGAAUCAUUGAAUUUACUGAAUUCCUCAACCUCAUCACACAAAAAAUGAAGGAGACUGAUGCAGAGGAGGAACUAAAAGAAGCUUUUAAGGUGUUUGACAAAGAUCAAAAUGGUUACAUUUCAGCUAACGAUCUGAGGCACGUGAUGAUUAACCUAGGGGAAAAACUAACAGAUGAAGAGGCAGAGCAGAUGAUUAAAGAAGCAGAUUUGGAUGGGGAUGGUCAAGUCAACUUUGAUGAUUUUGUUAAAAUGAUGACCGUUGGAUAGAAGCUUGAUGAUAAAAAAUGUUUUUUUUUUUACUUAAUUAGUGUUAUUUUAUUAUUUGUAUUAUUGUAUUAGCUGUUAUCUAUGUCAGUGUUACAACCAAGGAAUUAAUUGUAGGAUUAUUUGAUUAACUAUUAGACUCUGAAAAUUGUAAUCAAAUGCAGUG